AAUACAAGUGUUGCCUGAGCGUCUGGGUCGAACAGCACGUGUUUUAAGCACUGCGACUGAACUGACUCCAAAUGGCUCUCAACAGACGCGACUUGAAGGUGAUCUCGAUCACCCAGCUCAUCCUUUGUUUGGUGUUUCUCAUUUUGGGCCUUGUGGAUGGAUUAGCUGUGCGAUUCGUGUAUUCCAGCUUGACUUUCACACCAUGCUGGUUAGCGACCCUUGUAAGUAUACAUCAAGUUUACAAACUCGUGCCUUAAAUGAAAAUUUAACCAUUUCUUGUCUCGAUAUUACGGAAGAAAAUCCUAUACAUUACGAGUCCAGGGAAGUCUUUUUCGGUAUUUUACAGUUAUCAACAAAACAAAACUUUGCACAACGACUCACUUCAUUAGGCAAGCAACCGAGGAGAUUUAUUAAUUCCUCUGUUGUGUAAGUAAUCAAAUUAUUUCGAGUAACAUUUGGGAUAGAUCAGAGAUUUUUCAAAGCCUCAACAAGCCUUUAAGAACUAUCCGUCGGGCGGGUGCAAGUUCUAGUCUUUGAAACAUUUACGAGUUCUGAUUUAUCCCAAAUUUUACGGGAGCAAAUCAUGUGAUUACUUGUUAAUAAUAGACAAAUUAUCAUUGUCUCUCUUUGUCGUGUUUAUUUCGUGUUAUGGCUCACUGGUUCGGCCGCUGCCCUGCAAGAACUUGUCUUAAAUUUUUAAACAGGCUGUCGCGAAUAAUCAAGCUUCGCACUAUUUCUCAGUAAAUUAACGUGUUCUCCGCCAAUGUCAGUUCAGCAAUCGGAAACAUGCAUGAAAUCUAUCUGUUUGACAAAAUAAAAAUGUCUUAUCGAUUUACAAGAUGUUUGUUCAAUCAGGGCGCGCGCCUGCAAUGUUUUUUUGUGACCAGCACGAACAAUAUAGCAUUUCCAAUGACAUUUCUUUUCAUACCUUUCUAUUUUUUAUUUUAGGUGUUUAACGCUGGUUUCAUGGGCUUGGUUCUAAGCAGCAUGUAUAGACCUUCCUUGACUCUGGUAAGAAACGUAAACUAGUGUAAUUGUGCUUCAUGAGGCAUUCAUUCAUUCUCCACCACGUUGAAUGUAAAUGUUAAAUUAUUUACGGUAGAUAGACCAGAUACAUUUAUAAUGGUAAUUGAACUGAGUAGAGUGUAAUUUGGGCUGAAAUCAUACGCGUGAUUUCAAAAUUGAACGAGCGCGCAGCAUGAGUUCAAUUUGAAAUCACAAGUAUAAUUUCAGACCAAAAUUGCACAACACGAGGUUCAAUUACCAUUUUAUUACAUCCAUUUUGAAAUCGCCCAAAUACAGGACUUGGUCAGUUCAAAUAUUUAUUACUACAAUACUGAGCCAGUUUGGAAUUAAAGUCAUCCAUUUUUUGGGAGGAAAAAAUAAGAGUUUUGGAAACAAAAGUUGCAAAAUUUGCCGCAUGAUCCUUCAUGUCUUUCAUCUUCCUGCAAUUUGAUCGGUUACUUUAAACAAGCCUUGAAGUCUGAUUGGUUGUUUUGUUUUUAGUGUAGCUUCCUCUUCAACUGGAAAAAAGAUGCGAUUUAAAGCCAAAAAUGGUGCAAUUCGUGAAUAAAUCGCACCAAUUAGAGCCAAUCAGAUUACAGGGACCACCAGUGAUUUCAAAAUGGGUGUAAUAAAUCUUGAUACCAUGAUCAACUUGCGCUGCAAAAUAGCUACAAAAUGUAUUUUAGAGGAAUUAGCAACUUUUUGUGACGCCUUUUUAAUUUUAUAUGAUUUUUCUUUUCCAUGGCUCCUUGCAGAUGAAUUUCUUGCAGUCUGUGAGCGUAACCUGUGCUACAAUAUCAGCGAUAACCGUGUACCACUACAUGUUCGCUUGGUCCAAAUUGAUAGCUUUGAAUUCGGAAGGUUACUUUCCCAGCAAUACAAAUCGCUAUUUCCUGGGAAAAGACGAGGAUACAAAAUUCACUGGAAAGCAAAAAUCCAUGGUGGCUGUUUCUUUCCUGAUCAUCAUAUGUUCCAUCACUGAGAUCAUUCUCGCGAUAGCAGCCAUCAGGAGCAGUAAUAUAGAUGUUCAGGGCCCGCAGGAAUCUCAAGUGAGAGAAGUAAAGGAUUGACCUAUUGUUCAUUUUUACAGACUCAAAUUUCGUUGCAAUCGAUUUGAAAUCAGUUUGAUGGUCAGUCAGUCGAUCAUUCGGUCAGUCGGUCAAUCAGUUUGGCAGUCAGUCAGUCAGUCAGUUAUCAAUCAGUCAGUUGGCAGUCAGUCGGGUGGUCAGUUGAUGAGUUGGUCAGUCAGUCAGUCGGUCAGCCAGUUAGGUGGUCAGUCAGUCAGCCAGUCAGUCAGCAAGUCAGUCAGUCAGUCAGGUAGCCAGUCAGUCAGUCAGUCAGUUAACUAGUAGGUUGAUCAGUCGGUCAGCCGUGCAGUCAACGAGUGAGCCAUUUACUUAUUCAGUCAGUCAGUCGGUCAGUCAGUCAGUCGGUCAGUCAGUCAGUCGGUCAGUCAGUCAGUCAGUCAGUCAGUCAGUCAGUCAGUCGGUCAGUCAGUCAGUCGGUCAGUCGGUCAGUCGGUCAGUCAGUCAGUUGGUCAGUCGGUCAGUCGGUCAGUCAGUCAGUCAGUCAGUCAGUAAGUCAGUCAGUCAGUGAGUCAGCCAGUCAGUGAGUCAGUGAGUCAGUCAGUCGGUUAGUCAGUCUGUCAGUCAGUCAAUUGGUAAGUCAGUCAGUAAGUCAGUCAGUUAGUCAGACAGUCAGUCAGUCGGUCAGUCAGUUAGUCAUCAUGUCUUUAUUCAUUUUCAGGUAGGCGCUCGAUAUGGCCAACUUGAAGCUGGUCAGGUCCGGGUCCAUAUGCCAGGGCAGUCGAAUCCAACUACACUCCAACCAGAAGUGGCUACUCCAGAAUCAGGCGAACCCCGACGUGCACCGUGACUCAAUAAAUACCGUGAACGUUCCAAUUAGCCCCAGAGAGGGAGAGAGGGGGAGGAGAUAAUCAAAUUCCAAAUUUGUAGAUGUCUUAAUAACUAGUUUGACCCUCAAAAUUGACAUAAAAAUUUUUUGUAGUACGAGAAUUAAUAAAAAAGCAUACAAAUCAUACCCGUUUUGGUUUAACAUUAUCUUUACUAAAGCCUCAGGGAGUGUUGGUAAUUUUAAAAUAUCUAAGCAUUUACAUGUCUAAACAUGAUCUCGUUCUCAAAGCCAUCGUUGGCCCAGAUAAGCGAAGAGAAACCGGCGAUCAUUGCGACAAGUCUGAGAAGGUGAUAUUGUGCAUGUUUCACUGAUUCAGUUUUUAGCUUAAACGUCACGGAAAUAUAUUCAACUAGACGUGGCGCUCAGCUCGAAAAGAAUUGAAAAUCAUUUCGAUUAUUCAGCUGGUAAUGGCUGCUAUCCUUUUUGCACUCGGCAUUGUGGACCAUUUUGAAGUACGCUACAUAUAGCAGCUCUUGUAAAUGCACAAGACAUCGAACUACGGGUGUUUUAUUGCCUACGCUCAUGCUUUUGACAGUUAACAUUUGAGAAAUUCAAGUUCACGGGGAAGAUGUAAAACUCCUUUUUCUGGUGGUUCUCUUCGUUUCAAUAAUCCGACCACUCCGACUAAAUUUCUCAGCUGCCUUUCAUCGGGGAAAGUAGUUUGAGAAUGGCGCUCAAUAUUUAGUUUAAGAGCUAGCGAUAAGUGCUACAAGGUAUGGUGUUCAUAAACCGAAUACAAAUAUUAUUACAGCUGCGAAACUAAGAUAGGGAAGCGAAAUCCGUUAUUCUAAGAACGGUGGUUGAGACAUAUGAAAAGUCAAAAUCGAGACUGCAGAACGAAGCUUGAAUUGUUUUAUUCUGCUGUAGAGGAAUUAAUUUAAUAAGCUGAUAGGUCGUGAUACCGCACAAAAUUAAUCGACUGUUCCAAGAACUGCACCACAAAUGGGCCAAUUUUUUUUAAGAAUGUGACUUCUACCAAACUAUAAAAAACCUUGCUAAACGUACAGAACAUCUUUCCACUUGUUUUCAAACUUCUUAUGAUCAAUUUCCGCUCCUGUCGGCCCAUUUGGUUUUUGACCUGACAUUGCUUGACUGUAUAAAGUACGGCAGUAGUCUUAAACAAGACAUUUAAUUCAUUCGCACCAGGAGUAAUACUAAGAUGAAGUUCGAUAAUUUGUUCAGGUACUCAAACGACUUCGAGUGCAAUUAGGAACACAGUAAAUAAGCACGAGUAGCUAAACAUACCAUAGAGUUACCUUUUGUACACAGAAUUAUCUCUCUCUGGUUUUGUGUUACCUAUAAACUGCACUUUUAUGAGUCUCUGACUGAAUUUUGUAGGUAUCUUAUUUGAUAUGAGAUGUGAUGAAAACAUUUAUGGAAUACAUAAACUAUUAAAGGGGAGGGGAAUUAACUAUUUUUUCACAACAAGAGCACGCCGUUUGAAAUCAAGUCGUCUUCCUGCCGUAUCGCACGGAAAAGCUUAUUAUACUGUAAACACUGCGCCGAAUCCAAGUUAUAGGUAAUUAUGCUCGAUAGAAGAGCGGCAUUUGGAUCAGUUUAGGUUGGGCUUUGUCGCCACAAUCCAAAAGGAGGCCGCUCUGUAUUUACGAUGUUUCGAACCAUGCAUAAUUUAUUACAAUGUUUUUCGAUGCAACGUUUAUGAUUUCCGUAUAAUUGAGUGGUGAGAACGGCCAUGGGGAACUUUAUUUACCCAACGUUAAACCUAAGCAAUUACAAUAUCAUGAAUGUUAAUAUAGAUACCAACACUAAUUUCUACCAAUACUCUGAGUAUUCUCAGAUUAUAAGAAGUAAGGUCGUUUCUCUCGAUGAAAAUUGGAUCGUAAAUAUUCUUGGGUAUAAUUGUGUAACGUUAUAUAUAUCAAAAUAGAUUUACUGAUCAUACGUUGAUGAUUCAUGUUUCUCCAUUCGAUACCAUUUCACUUAAUUUCAGGAGGCCUGAAUAGAGGACGAAAAGCACGGCAACAAUAUUCCCUCGGGUUUUAAAACUCGUCCGUAACUAUACAAACGAGCUUGUAACGGUUUUGUAAACAAAGCUCUUUUUUCAGGCAUUGCACUUGAUUUCCAAAACCUAAAUUUUGCUUCUUACUUGGAUAGGUAUUGCCAACGGGCAUUAUGGGAUUUAUUCUGGCAAUCAGGUCAAGACGUUGAAUAAUACAGUGCAGCAAUUUUGCUCGUGCUGCAGUAUUCAAAACUCGAUAAAUUCAAAAGAAGAACCCUCGGUCGUUUCACGCCUUACCGGCUCCUGACAUUUCCAAAAAGAAAAACUCGCUUAAAUUAUAUUUCUAUCAUAAACCGCAGUUGUUAAGCUUUCUUCAGAUAUUUAGUUUGCUACGGUUUUAGUGAAACUUGCGCGCGCACGAAUUUUCUCCCGAAGGACACCCGCGAAGGUGGAAGGUAACCUUAAACUAACAUUGGCUAAAGUUGUAUUGAAGCUCAGAAAAUGAUUGCGUUCUCUCCUGAUAUAAUGAUUUCAGAUAAAUUGGCUCACUUCAAUUAGUAUUGCCUCUGUUGUGGUUUCUGCGCUGGUACUUCAAGCAUAUUCAUGGGCUCUGAAAUCUUUAUAGGGUUUCAAAUACGACAAAUACGAUAGUCCAAACUACGGCAAUGCAAGUUGUUUCACUACUUUUGUGCUUAAGACGCAAAAAUCAAGUUUGAAGACCAGGAAAACACCAUGAUAGCCAUACAUGCCUUGAUUGUCAUAUUUACCAUCUGUGAGAUCAUUCUCGCCGUGGCAACUUCUCAGAGCAGUGAAACUGGGCGUCAGUCGCCGCAGGAAAAUCAGGUAUGUUGCGCUACUCAGAGAAGAGUUAUUAACCUUUUACACCUUAACAUCAGAAUACAUUUUCUCCAUAACAUUCUUUAUACAUUUCCUAUGAUAUUGACAAAGAGAAUUUGUUAAACGAUUAAGAGCCUCUUUAGUUAUGGAUCAUUUCCUUUAUUCUCAUGACCUCAAUGUUUGUUUUAGGGGUGAUACUGAGAGGAGAAAAUAGUUACUAAUCAGUCUUAAUGGUUAAAGGGUUAAUCGAAUAGGGCACUGAAGUCUAAAAGCAAGGGUCCUCACUUCAUCUCCCCUUCAUCAUCCUUUGCUUUCGCUCGACUUACUUUGACUUUCUUCGUCUCACCUUACCUCCCUUGUCCAUUGUUUCCAUCCCUCUCUCUCCCCCCCCACCUCACCUUCCUCUCUUUCUCUCUUUGUUUCUCCCUCUCUUUUUCUCUCUCCUGUUCCCUCUCACUUCUACCUAAUGUUUAAAAGUGGCCUCCUAAAUUUCUUAGUAUUUUUAUACAAACGUUAAUUAAAAGCUAUAUUUUUCGAUCUGCGCGGUAAUAAAGUUUUAAAGAACUGCUCAUGAAGAAAGGCUCAGUGGCCUUGUAACAUCGCUUUUUUCAAAUAUCAUAUUUAGCUUAAAAGCAAUAGUAUGAGUGCAUAACCAACGAUGAAUCUGCGAUCUCGUGGCAAAAACUUACGUAACGUAAAGAAACGAAACGUAACUGUCACCUAACGUAAAUGAAUUGUAUUUCAACAAGGCUUCAGAAGCUAUGAUGUCGUAGAAAUACUGUGGCAAAUAACAUGUUAUAGAAGAAAAAAAGUGUUGAGCAAUAAUAAUUGCUUAGGGUUAGAUCUAGUGCAAGUGACUAAGUAUUAGUUAUCAGGCAUUUAAUUACACCCUAGAGGGUUUAGGUCAGAAAAACAUGCAAAGAUAUUGAAUCUUGCUGUUCUAAAUAAGCAUCUGGUCGUUACGAUGUUCUAAUUUCGUUAUUUUGGGACAGGAUUUUCUUCGAAGCUUAAAGUAAAAUCCUGUUCAAAUCCCUCAUCCUACAAAUGUCGGAAAUCGAAAGUGGAAAAGUACCGAUCCAACUACAGGCUUUUCCAACACAACCUAUGAUGACCAUUCCGAUCUCUGAAGCCAACUAGGAUUGCUAGCUUCCAGCGGUCACGGCGCAUGUAGUCACUGAAUGUUAGUUUUUUUGCUCAGCGACCUUGUAACAUUGCUUUUUUAAUAUAUCAUAUUUAGCUUAAAAGCAACAGUAUGAGUGUAUAACUACCGAUGAAGCUGCGAUCUCGUGGCAAAAACUUACGUAACGUAAAGAAACGAAACAUAACUGUAACGUAACAAUAAUUGUAUGCCAACAAGGCUUCAGAAGCUAUUACAUAUUAGAAAUAAAGUAGCAAAUACCAUGUUAUUGAGGAAAAAAAAUGUUGAGCAAUAAUAAUUGCUUAGGGUUAGAUCUAGUGCAGGUGACUAAGUACCAGUUAUCAGGCAUUUAAUUACACCCUCCCUCCCCCUCCCCCCCCCUUCCCACUCAGCUCCGUUGCUUUUGUUGUUUUACUUCAACCGAGGCUUUGUUUUCUUUGAUAUUUGAGUGACACUUGCUGGAUAAUUCUUCCCAGAUCAAUUCAUGGUCAGCGCAGCCUAUCUCAUUAUUACUUAGAACCGCUCGCAGAGGGCAGUCAGUUUUUUAAAUUGCACCUAUUAUCGUAUAAACCGUGGUGUUUUACAAGGAUUUCCAGCCCAAAGAAAAACCGUAACAGCACAGGUGAGAACAUCCAUGACUUUGUAUUUACCUAUCCCUCCCUUGUUACAUAACCACGCAAACAGCUGUUAAGGUCCUGUGGAGUCCAUUGACGUCAUCAGUCGUAUAAAUCGUUGUUUGAGUUUGCCAAGGAGUCCUGCGAAAUGGCGUCCAACAGACGAGACCUUAAAAUUAUCUCGAUCGCUCAGCUUGUAAUGGCAGGUAUCCUCUUCGUGCUCGGAAUGGUUGACCAUUUUGAAGUUCGCUACAUGUAUGCCAGCCUUAUAUUGAUGCCAAUUUGGAUUUCUCUUCUUGUAAGUACAUUAUAUUUCUCAAAAGAAUGCAAUUACAAAGUUGUGCCUAAAUUUACAUUUUCUAACAGAGGGUUUAGUUCAGGAAAACAUGCAAAGAUAUUGAAUCUUGCUGUUCUAAAUAAGCAUCUGGUCGUUACGAUGUUCUAAUUUCGUUAUUUUGGGACAGGAUUUUCUUCGAAGCUUAAAGUGAAAUUCUGUUCAAAUCCCUCAUACUACAAAUGUCGGGCAAAUGUUUUACGUAGAAUUACAUUUUACUGGAUAAUCUGAAACCAUUAGGAUUCAUAACCCUUCCACCUGCAAAUAUCUGGUCCGUAAUUCUUUCGAUAAGAAUACAACUACACUCUCAAACUAAUUCAGGAUAUGAUGACAUUGGAGACAUAGAAAACAAAGUUCGCCCCUCAAAAGCGAAUCGGUCGUCUGUGACUUGGGAACAUUCAACUUUUGUUGUUUUUAUUUGUUGAGCGAUCGAAGAAGUUCGAAGAUUGAGAUUUAUAUUGCAGUACUUCGAUAAAACAGUCCGCAUCAUUCUAAAGUUAUUUUAGGACAUCUCUCAGUUUUGUCGCACAGUCAACAAAAUAAACAUUGCGCAAGAUGUUUUACACUAGCGAAAGUCGAUCAGAAAUGCAAAUGAUUACAUUGCCAGACGAAGGGAACUCGAUGAUUUGACCUCGAAUUUCUCUUUUAAGAACAACCUAGGCGGUUUUUUUUUUAAGACAGAAGUUUUAAGAAAAAUCUGUCGAUGAAAGUGUUUUUGGAUUCAAUACACCUUGGAUUGCGUGGGGCACUAAAUCGAGGCUGUCGAAUGAACUUAAAGUGGUGAAAAUUUAUGUUUCUUCAACUUUCCUUCGAAUGAGUUAUUGAGAUCUACAUGGAUUGCCGCUACAAGUACUUCAUAGAUAAAAAAAACUGCUGGCUGAGUCCUCCAUCGAAAGGAAUAGUCGAUCACUAAAAACACGUGCAUAUAACAGCUCAUCGGUCACCACGCGACUUUUACCUUGAAAUCUAGCCCUUCAUCUCGCCUUGUAGUGGCAAUCCAUUCCGAUCUCAAUAAAUCAUUCGAAGGAAUGUUGAAGAAAGAUAAAUUCUCACCACUUUAAUUUCGUUUGUCGUUACUAGAGAAAUUAACGCAGCAAUGAUCGUGGGCCAUGCUUUCUUGUAGGCUUUUUCUGCAACGUUAAAGAAAUUUGACGCCAACGGCUCCCAAAAGUUACCAUAGGUUAGGUAAUUAGAUUGCAUAGACUUAAGUCACACUAGCUAAAGGUUUCUAUUAAGUGUCUACAAUCAGUGUGUAUGACAUCUGUCAAUCAAAUAAAGCCGGAAAGCCAACAUUUUACAGAAAUUGCUUUUCUUCCACAUUAAAUUGAAGACAUUUGAAUAAACCUACAAUGAAUCUACUGCUUCGUUUGUCUCUAUUCCUAAUCCUACUUCAAUGUCUCUUUCCACUUUAACGGUUAUUACUAAUUUACAAUUUUACGACGAUCAGUCGAAAUGUGCUCUAUCAUUUCUGUAUUCUUAUCGAUUAAUCGAUGUCCUUCAAGGACUUGCGAGCUGGAAUAAAGAAAUAAGUACCUUCUCAAAAGUGACAAUAUUGAAAUCAACUCCGAUAUUAAUAGUUUACAUUUUAUAAAUAUUGAUCGAGCGGUUGAAUGUUCUUCUAACUGUUUUUUUAGGUCUUACCCAUUGGCAUCAUGGGAUUGGUUUUAGCCGUGAACGGGUCCAGACCCUCUUCUGCUUUGGUGAGAAUUAAAGUAGCAUAAUACUUUUAACAGACUUCCUUGUUUAUUUUUAUCAUUCUUUGCUUCUCCUUGAUAUUUUUCCGCCGAUCGUGCCCUUUAAAGAAUAUUAUGGCGUUUGACCGAGAACUUUGUACCUCUAAAAUCUUAACGUUUAAAACACGAGUGAUUUUACGCCAUGAAAACUUAGCUUCCCGUGCCAUUCAUUGUUGCAGAUGAGCGGCCUGAGGUCAGUGAGCAUUGCAUGUGCCGCUCUAUCAGUUCUAACCACAUUUACCUAUGCGAUGGCACUCAAUAGCAUAUUAUUCAUCAAAUAUAUGGAGGCAAAAACUGAAUACCAGGAAUCUCCAUGGUUUGCUGACAAAGGUGCAAAAAUCGAGUUCCGGAAAGAGGAAAAAACAAUGGUAGCUGUACAUGUCUUCAUUAUCAUAUGUUCCAUCCUCGAAAUUAUACUUGCCAUAGCAAGUGUUCGGACCGCAAAGGCCAUGGCUAAGGAGCCUCAAGACACCCAGGUUUGUGCAGUUACUCUAUAUGCAAGUAAUAAGUUAGAUAUGACCAUGAUAAAAGAACUUAUGAUCCGAAAGCACUACAUCAAAAACUUCAGUAAUGUUACGUACUCCUGAUGUAAACAAUGUCAUCUUUGAAAAGAUCAUUCAAGUACUCAUGUAAUUUCUUUGUUUUGCAAACGCGAAAUUUUUAAAUUCAGAAUUGCAUUACUUUGAGAGGAUUUUAGGAAUCAUUCAUUUUUUUUUCAGCUAAGGGGACUUUGAGGACCCGAGGGUUUUGUUUAUUUUACAAUAAAAUUUACCACACUCCCCCCCCUCAAAAGGCUCUUGAGUAUUUUCAUGAUCCCCCCUUCCCUUAUUCGCGGUCAAUUGUCUACAGCCUUCCCCCCCUUUAUACUCUGUUAGCGACGACUGGUCCACCCUCCAUUCCCCCUGAAAACCAUGUGACCCCCUGAAAGACCUCAGACCACCCCCAGCGAUGAAUAAUGAAGUUGUUUGUCACUUAAGGGGACUUGGGGGAUCGGAAGGUUUUGUUUGUUUUACAAUAACAGUAAACUCAUUCCCCUCUAAGGCACUGGACGAUUUUUAUGAUUUCCGCCUCCCCUCUCCUUAUUGGAGGUCAAUUUUCUACAGUCCCCCCCUUUAUACUCUAUUAGCGAUGACUCUUCCUCUCCGUUUCCCCUCAAAUCCUAGUAAUCUCUCCGAAAAACCUCCCACCCCUACCCCAUCCCCCCAUCCCAACGUGAUAAAUAUUGACAAGUACCUUACGUAAAAUAUUUUUCAUUAUAUCUAAACAGCAGGAAAGCGCUGCCUAUCGUGUAGUGGCAGAGGAAGAUGUCCCUUUGUUAUUCUCGAGUUCAGAUCAAGAGGCAGCUUAGAUGGCAUCAGUUCCAUACACUGCUGUACAGAGGGCGGCCUGAUGUAAUUUAUCGCUUUUUUAACGCCAUGAUAGCAAAUUUAUUGUUACGACCACAAAUCCGAGAAUGUUAUUAGAAGUAAAAUUAGCAUUUGAUUUUUUUUAUAUUUUGAUAUUAAUUAUUUUUUAAUCUUCUUUUUAAUCUUUCUUCCAUUUUUUCUAUUCCUUUUAUUUUUCCGUGGCGUACCCGUAAACUAGUUUUUUAGCUAAGUGUACUGACCACGUUAAAUACAUAAAUUGAUUGAUUAAUUGCAGUAAUUUAUGUCAUUUCGUGCCCCAGAUUUUUGCUAGAUAUCUGAAGAUAAAAAUGUGUUUCGUAGAUUGAAGAAAGCGUGAAAUAUAAUUAACGAGUAACUUCCACGAAUGUAGAAAUACUGUCAUCAACUUCCGAC